GAGAGCUGGCCACUGACUUGUCCAAAAUAACGUGUCUAUCUCUUUGUUACUCACUUUUAAGACAGUCUUUGGCGACCAGGUUGCCGAACGCGGCUAUGGCAGCCCAGUUCGGUAGGAUAUGCAUAGUGGUGUUUGCGCUUGUCGCCACUGUAUUGCAAGUCAGUGGAAAUGAGGAGUCGAAGUUGAUUGCAGAUAAGUUUAAGAACUACAAUAAAAACAUUCGACCAGCCAGAAACCCUGAGGAAAAAGUGAAGGUUCAAGUCAAGUUAACCCUCACCAAUCUGAUCUCAUUGAAUGAGAAAGAGGAAACUCUUACUACAAAUGUCUGGAUUGAGAUUCAAUGGGUGGAUUAUCGUCUUACAUGGAAUACAUCUGAUUAUCAUGGUAUUGUCCAGAUCCGUGUGCCAUACAACACUGUCUGGCUGCCUGAUAUAGUCUUAGAAAAUAACAUUGAUGGCAAGUUUGAUGUGGCAUACUAUGCUAAUGUGCUGAUUUCAAAUGAUGGAUCUUUGUACUGGCUUCCCCCUGCCAUCUACCGCAGUACCUGUGCCAUCGAGAUCACCUACUUUCCUUUUGACUGGCAGAACUGCACUCUAGUUUUUAGGUCUCAGACAUACAGUGCUAAUGAAAUUCAUAUGAUAUUGGCAGAAGAUGAAAACGGGAAGCCUAUUGAGUGGGUGGACAUUGACCCUGAGGCCUUCACAGAGAAUGGAGAGUGGGCCAUCAAGCAUCGCCCGGCCCGUAAGCUGACAAACCCACGUUAUUCUCCAGAUGAUCUGGAGUACCAGGAGGUUUAUUACAAUCUAAUCAUCCAGAGGAAACCACUCUUCUACAUUAUCAAUAUCAUCCUGCCCUGCUCUCUCAUCUCAUCGCUGGUCGUUCUGGCCUACUUUCUACCUGCUAAAGCUGGAGGCCAGAAGUUGACCGUGUCCAUUUCGGUACUGUUGGCUCAGACUGUGUUUCUCUUCCUGAUUGCCCAGAAGAUUCCAGAGACGUCCCUCUCUGUGCCUCUUAUUGGCAAAUAUUUAAUUUUCGUCAUGUGUAUGACCACGCUGAUCGUCACCAACUGCAUCAUUGUCCUCAACUUCUCCCUCCGCAGUCCCAGUACACACAACAUGUCGCUCACCAUCAAACAUAUUUUCCUUGAGGUGGUCCCACGUUUCCUUGGCAUGGCCUCUUUUCUGGAUGAGGAAGAGCCGGGAGGUGGGGCGCUUGAAAUGAGAGAAAGGAGACGCAGUUCAUUUGGACUGAUGCAGAGGGCAGAAGAAUACGUAUUGAAACAGCCACGCAGUGAGAUGAUGUUUGACAAACAGAGAGAGAGACAUGGACUCAUGCGCUCAAUUGUGGAUGAAAUUGAUAUAAGCAGUACGGCGAACCUCUACAAGAGUCUGGCUAAAACAGCACCAGAGAUAAAAGAAUGUGUAGAUGCCUGCAACUUCAUUGCUGAAUCCACUAAGCAGCAAAACGACAUUGGAUCUGAGAUGGAGAGUUGGGUGCUGAUUGGUAAGAUGAUUGAUAAAGUUUGUUUCUGGGCAGCCAUCCUGCUGUUCUCCAUUGGCACAGUUGCCAUUUUCCUCAUGGGUCAUUAUAACCGGGCACCUGAGUACCCAUUUCCUUGGGAGAACAAAAAGUAUGUUCCUGAAUAGACGCUCUGAUGACUCUGCCCAACAGAUACAAAGUUGGACUGAGCUAGAAAGACAAUACUUGGUAUACUUACCUGCCGCAUAGGAUAGCACGAGAGAAGCUUUACAGCUGGAUAUGCACAUGAUUUAAACAGUUUGUUUAAACUGAUAUGAAAUCUUGUCUUAUAUUUAAUUUUAGGUACUAUGGGCUGUCUGCAUUACGUUAUUUUUGUACGCUGACUAUAUGUCGUGAAUGUACUUUUUAUUUUAGAACUUAUAAGGGGAAGUUGAGAAGUGCUCAUUGCUGUAUACAAACAUUGCUGUGUCAUUUGUAAAUUGCUUUGGAUAAACAUAUUUGCUAAAUGUAAACAGUAUUAUUUAAAUGUGUUUAUUAACAGGCAUAACUAAGCCCAUCAUAGUGUAGUGUGCUCUUCAACUCCAGUGAAAUGAUGCUAAGCCAUGUUGCCAUCUGUGUUUACAGUAUGUAUUACUUUUUAAAGUUUGUGUUACUUCAGUCACUUACAGUAUUAUUUCCUUUACUUAUGAAGUCAAUAUUUACAAAUGCGGUUUUUACUAUUAGGAUUACAGUUGCAUGUCAGCUGCUUGUGUUUGUUCUUUUGUUUAUUUCUGUCAUUUCUCAAUGAUUUCAUUUAUUUUACUUUUGCAUUGAUCUAUAUAAAAUAAAAUAACCAAAACACA